AUGGAGAUCACGAGUGUACACUCACCAGGUCGCAAAUUGACGUGGACAAAUUCCUGUACAUGGUACUUGACUCAUUCGACAGAUCAGCUGACCAAUUCAUGGGCAAUGACCUCUCUUCAAUGUAGAUCAAAAUAUCCACCUGGAACACGGAGAUUUCUGCAAGUGGAAACCAAUGAAACCAUACAUAACAAGGAUGAUGACAAUUAUAUCAAUAAUAUCAUUGAAAAUAUUAAUAAUACUGAUAAUAAUGCUAAUACUAAUACCACGAAUAAUAAUAAUAAUAAUAAUAAUAAUAAUAAUAAUAACAAUAAUAAUAAUGACAUUGUUGAUAUAUUGGCAAUAGUAAAAGUGAUAGCAAUUGUAGUAAUAACACUGAUAAUUGCAGUGACAAUAAUGCGAAGAUCAGUGCACACAUCUGCAUGA